UUGGAAUUGAAGUGAAAGUAUAAAUGAAAAUCGAUAGCAAUACAUUUUAAAAAGAUUUUCAUUUUAAACUCUUAAAUAAAAAUAAAUCUCAAACUCGGACAUUUUGUUCGCAAAAAGAAUUACAGAAAUAUUUUAAUUCAUUAUAGUGACUUUAAUUCUUAUCAAGAAAAUACUAUUCAUCAAGAAUAACUUCUAGAAUAAGAGAAAACUCAUAAUUUUAUUCUCUUUUAAAAAAACCUUCGCCAUUGCCAAGUUCGUCCCUGAGUUUUGACAUCGUAAAACUAUUAAGAAUUAAAAUGAAUUUUUGAGUGCAUAAAAACGCAUUUAAACGCCAUAGAAAGUGAAAUUUCCAUAAAAUUAAGGUUCUAAAGACAUUAAUCUUAUGAAUAAAAGUGAAGGGAGCAGCUAUAUGAACCCAAAAGAUGUCAAAUAAAAGCAACACAAUAAUCCACAAUUUAUUUCGUCGACAGUAUGGCUUAGAUUCUCAGAACAAUUUUCAAUCUAAGCUCUUCAAAAGUCGCUUAUCGAUAGCAAAAAGCUUAUAUAAAAAAGAUCUUGUUAGUCAUUAUGGUUGUGUUAAUGCCAUAGAAUUUUCGCAGGACGGCAACUGGUUGUCUUCAGGUGGUGAUGACAGACGAGUGCUGCUAUGGAAUAUCGAAAGAAGCCUCAUAGACAAAGAGGAGCCUCAAGUGAUGCUUAAACAACAUUUGAGUAACAUUUUUUGUCUUAGCUUUGAUAGCAGACAUUCUCGAAUUUUCUCUGGUGGAAAUGAUGAUAUGGCAAUUGUUCAUGAUAUUGAAACUGGAGAUUGUGUCGAUAUCUUUCAUCAUACAAAACCUGUAUACGGACUUGGCGUGGAUCCAAGUAAUGACAGCAUAUUUGCAACCGCUGGAGAAGAUGGUCGCAUUUUAUUAUUUGAUAUGAGAGCUUCAAACGAUGAUCCGACAGUUGUCGUAAAGUAUCGAAAUCCUUUUCAUUCUGUCAUGUUUCAUCCAAUCGAUGAUCACUUCAUGAUAACAGCAAAUUCGAAAGAAGGCGCAGCUUUGUGGGAUACGCGUGCACAACGUAUGCCUGUUAUUCGUUAUGGUGGCGAUGAUGCCGCUCAAAGUUGCAUGAGCGUUCGAUUCAACUCAAUGGGCACACUUUUGCUCGCUCUUCGUCGUCGUCUACCUCCUGUGCUAUAUUCAACUCUCCAUCAAGAGCCAAUUUGUCAAUUCUACAAUCAAGAUUACUACAAUUCAUGUACAAUGAAAAGUUGUACAUUUGCCGGUGAUAACGACGAGUUUGUUCUGUCAGGUUCCGAUGAUUUCAAUUUAUAUGUUUGGAGAGUUGGCGAUGCUGAUCUUGAGAAGCGAAAGCAAUGGGUAGAUAAGAACCAAAUGGUCCUUUAUGGUCAUCGUUCGAUUGUAAAUCAAGUCCGAUAUAAUCCACAAAAAUGUAUUCUGGCAUCGUCAGGAGUUGAGAAGAUUAUCAAACUUUGGACUCCUUUUGAAUUGGAUAAAUGGACUGGAAGUUUAACUGAAGAAGUACAAAAUGAGCCAGUACGAGAAGUCUUUACACACGAGGAAUAUAUUUCUUUGGUAUAUUCGAAUGGACAAAACAUGACGCACGAUUACAGUAAUCAAAACACCCAUGAAGAUGCAAGAAUGAUCGCUUUCUUUGAUUAUCUUGUUCAACAAGAGAUUGAAGGCUGGAGUAGUGAAAGUUCAAGUCAUAACAGUGAUCAUACGUCGGAUAAUUCGUCACGACCUGAUAGCCCAACUUCUGACACUGAACCAACAACAAACUUUACAACAGUCAAACCGCCGCUAAGUCGUCAUCGUGAAACUCAUCGUCGUGGUGAAUCAAGUCAACGUCACAAAUUUCGAAAUAGAAUUGCAUAUCUUAUUGCAACAAAACGUAAAACAUUGAAACGAUUAGCAUUGAAGAGGUUCACUCGUACACCAGCUAGAAGAAUGAAGAGCAAGUACGUUCCACGACAAACAAAGCGAGCGUCAUUGAGAGCUGUUGGUAGAAAACCUUAUGAUAAGAAGAUGAGACGUCUUAGUGUUCAGAGCAAAUAUAAAAAGCCUGUUUCGCAUGAACAAACGAGUGAUUCUGAAGUGCCACAGAAAAUAAAGAAGCGUCGUACGCAAUCAUAUACCGCCACAUCCUCUUACAGAUCGUUCCGUCGAAAAGCCAAAACGCCUUUGUCAUCAGCAUCAAAUACAAGCACAAGAGUUGCUGACAAAUCAGAUUCAAGUUCUGAUUAUGAUGAUGAAGAUGAUGGAUUUGGUGACAGUAGAAAUGGAAAUCUUCCAUCAACUUCAUCGGGGCCAGUUCUUGAUGUUAACAUACCAAGCACAAGUACCGGAAUCACAGCUAAUGGAAAAGGUUACUUAUUUCGUAUUGCUAACACCAUGAAUGAUUCUGAUGAUGAUCAAUCGAUACCUGAUACAAGUCAUCCAGCAACAGACAAUAUGUUGAGAGUUCUACGCUCGCCACCAAUUCAAAACAAUCACAAUAAUCAUCGUGCACAGUCACAUUAUGAUGGUGUGAAUGAUGGAGCUGGUACAAGCACACAACGUGGAUUUUUAUAUAACUCAACACAUCGUGCACAUCAUGAGAAACCACCAAAUGGACGACAAAAGCAUCAGCCUCAGGAAGAAGAUUCAUCGUCAUCAAAAUGCAUCGAAGAUUAUGCUUCAACGAAUUCCAAUUCGCUUAUGUCAAGUACUGAAGAAAGUAGUAAUGAUAGUUAUCCUGAAUCAUAUUACAAAAAGCGAAAACUUUGUAAUGAUAAUUACGUAGGUGUCGAUGAGAAUGGCAAUGAGUCAUCAAAUAAUAACAAUACGAGUUCGUUUAAUAAUAACAACAGUUUUAACACUGUCAAUAAUAAUUUUGUUGCGAACGGCGCUGGUUCAUCGUCAAAUGUAUUGUAUGGAACGCCUUUGAAUAGAAUGAAGUUGACGCCUGACAGUGGAAAUUCAUCGCUACCUACGCCAAGUCCAUCAAGCUCAAAAAGUAAUACACACAAUGGAAAUCAAAAUGAUGUCAUGAAGAAAAUUGAAAUUAUCAAAAAGAAUUAUCGAAAAAAUAUUCAAACAUCGGACGAUGAUUCAGACUAAUUCAAAAUUAUGUAAACACACAUAUUCUCCUUCAAUCCUUCUAAAAAUUUUAAUAGUUUCUAAGUUCUAAUGUAAAUUCGUGAUUUAAAUAUUUUUUUUUGAAGAGUAAAAUUUAAAAUGAGUUUUAGCAGCUCUAUGAAUGUAUUUCCAAAACAUUUAGAUUUAAGUGACUAACUAAAAAGAAAAGAAAGAAAGGAAAUUUUAAAUCUGAUUCGAUGUUGAUGUGAUCAAUUAAAGGAAUAAUUAAAAUAAAAUUUAAAACAUCAUUUCAA